AUGUUACAAACUGAUUCCGCCCCAGUGGUGCCAGCAGCCUCAUCGUCGGCUGAUGAGCAUCUUACACGGUUGAAUAUGCCGUCUUUAAGGCAACAACCGGAUCCCAGAGGUGAUGCGUACGUCAAACAACUUGUCAGUAAAAUGUCUGGUCGUUUCGAAUCACUUGUCUCUACACGUAAGGUAUCUGCAACCCAGCAGUCAGACUCUUCGGUUCGUAAGCGUCUUUCGACAAGGAAAGACUGUGACUUGAACGCACUCUGUUGUUGUGUACCAUUAUGUGGACGUUCGUUUGAUUCACUGCAAGUGUUGGCAUGGCAUAUGAGUUACGCACAUCAAGAUGUUAGCGUAUCACAUUCGCGAAAUACGAUCUGUUAUCUGUGCGGAUAUCAAAUGUUCACUGCGAAGGGCAAAAAUGCUCAUUUAACAACGAAGCAUCGUUUGAUUGCCGAACGGCAUAAUGCUGAGUGCAUUGAGCAGCGUGGAUCGAUUAUUGCACCGGGUGCUCCGGCUGCUGAACGACUUCGCCUGAAAGAAGUUCAUCGGAAAACGGAUGCGUAUGCAGAACGUCGUUUGACACCUCAAAAAGAUGCUGGAACAUCGGGAUAUGAUCGAUUUGCGGAAGGUGGAACGACGAUGGGACUGGAUUCGGAUUGUAAUCCAUUAAAUGCGAAACCGUUCGAUUUGUACGCAAACGAUCAUUAUUAUCAGUCAUCAAUUGGUGAAAAUUAUGGAGCUUAUUUCGUUGAUUUACCGGUAGUGGUCGAUGAGGAUGAAUAUGAUUGA